AUGGCGGACAAAAAACGUAAACACGAAACAUUGAGUUUAGUUAAAAAGAUGGAAAUUUUGCGAAAGUUGAAUAGUGGUGAAAAUCAGAUGAAGUUGGCUGGUGAAUAUGGUGUAGGCCGUGCAAUAAUUUAUGAUAUAAAAAAGAAUCGUGAGAAGAUUGAAAACUUCGCCAACACUGCUGAUGCCGGGACGAGUUCACGACAGACUGUGAAGAUUGGAGAGUAUCCUGUUAUGGAGGACGCGUUGUAUACGUGGUUUCUUCAAGAACAAGCUCGUCAUACGCCUCUUACUGGAGAUAUUAUUCGUCAAAAAGCUUUAACUUUUUAUGAAAAAAUAUACAAGAAUGCCAACUUCAAAGCUAGUGAUGGAUGGUUCCAGAGUUUCAAGUCAAGAUGA